GAAGUUGUUAGCACAUUGACAAAGGAGAAAACAAACUCUCAAAACCCCCUCAUUCUCUCUUUUUUCUUCUUCUUUUCUCUCUCUUUCCUCAAACACCACCACCAGAUUUUCUCUAUCUUUCUCCCUUUUUCUUUUUCUUAUUUUCCCAAUUUCCUAAUUCAAAAUAAAAAUUUACCCUUUUCUUGCCAUCGAAUCCAUGCUUCUCUAAAUAUCUGAUUCUAUUUCUUCCCUUCUUUCCCAUUUUGUUGGAUACUUCAUUUUUUUUUCCCUUUUAUGCGAUCCAAUAACCUCUGCUUUUGAUGUUUUUCUUUGGAGCAUAACUUUUGUACAAUAAUUAGCAUUAAUCUCACUUGGGUUCUUCUUUUUUCGUUGAAUUUUGGUAUUAAACUUGCCAUUUGUCGACAUUUAUCAACAUAUUGUUGUACCCACUUUGGAAAAGUUCCUCUAUUUUUUCAGCUAGGGUUUUUUCCUGCCAAAGUUGGGUAAGAUAAUUUGUUCUUAAUCUAUCUGAAAUAGGGUUUGAUAGAUUAUUUAGGUUUCAAAUUGUUGGAGUAUUAGAUUGUGUUUUUUUGGAUUGUUUUAAGGUUUAUGAUCAUUUUAGUAGCUUAAGUUUGGAAAUUUUUUGGAGUUGUUCUUGUAGCAUCUAAUUCAUAGUAUUAUAGUUUAGUUCUAGUUUGUGAUAACCCAAAAAUUUGACCUAUUAUUAUUAUUAUUAUUAUUAUCUGGAGUUUAACUUUUGGAUAAUAAGAACACCAAAGUUGAUUUUUUUUGCAAUUUGCAAAGUGGGAAGGUACUUUGAUUGAGUUGAAAAUCUGGGUUAGUUUGGUGUUUUCUUAAUCUGGAUUGUUACUAGUGGGUAGGUUUUGGCUUAGGAUUAGAGUAUUGAGUGAAGGAAACUAGCCUUUGCUUGCAUGGGCGGGCUUGAGGCUAGGCAACAGCCAAGUGGGCUACACCCGAAUGGGCUUCUGCCCAAUGUAUCUGCUUCGGUGAUUCGUGUUGUAAAUUCGGAACGAUGGUUGAGAGCCGAGGAGAGAAUUGCAGAGCUUAUAGCCUGCAUUCAGCCCAAUCAGCCAUCAGAAGAAAGGCGAAAUGCUGUUGCUGAUUAUGUGCAGCGGUUGAUCAGGAAAUGCUUCCCUUGUCAGGUUUUCACUUUUGGGUCUGUUCCUCUGAAGACAUAUUUGCCGGAUGGGGACAUUGACUUGACAGCAUUUAGUAAAAACCAGUCUCUCAAGGAAACUUGGGCUAGUGAAGUGCGUGAUAUACUAGAAAGUGAAGAAAAGAAUGAAAAUGCAGAAUUUCGUGUAAAAGAGGUCCAGUACAUUCAGGCAGAAGUGAAGAUAAUAAAGUGUCUUGUGGAAAAUAUUGUUGUGGACAUAUCAUUUAAUCAGUUGGGUGGGUUAUGUACUCUUUGCUUCCUGGAAGAGAUUGACUACUUAAUUGGUCGGAAUCAUCUUUUCAAACGUAGCAUAAUAUUGAUCAAAGCCUGGUGCUACUAUGAAAGCCGUAUAUUGGGUGCUCAUCACGGGCUUAUCUCUACUUAUGCCUUGGAGACCUUGGUUCUAUACAUAUUUCAUGUUUUCGAUAAUACCUUCACUGGACCUCUAGAGGUUCUUUAUCGAUUUUUGGAGUUCUUUAGUAACUUUGAUUGGGAUAAUUUUUGCGUUAGCCUAUGGGGUCCUGUAUCUAUUAGCUCACUUCCUGAUGUAACUGCGGAGCCUCCUCGCAAAGAUAGUGGAUCGUUGCUGCUAAGUAGAGUAUUUCUCGACUCGUGUAGUUAUGUAUAUGCUGUCUGCCCUGGAGGCCUAGAAAAUCAGGGACAGUCCUUUCCUCCCAAGCAUUUUAAUGUCAUUGAUCCUUUGCGUGUGAACAAUAAUCUUGGAAGAAGUGUUAGUAAAGGAAAUUUCUACAGAAUUCGCAGUGCUUUUGCAUUCGGGGCAAAGAGGCUAGCCAGGUUAGUGGAUUGUCCUGAAGAAAACAUUAUUUUUGAGUUAAACCAGUUCUUUAUGAAUACAUGGGAGAGGCAUGGUAGUGGCAUCCGUCCUGAUGUCCCAAAUAGUGACUCGUGGCGCUUAAGAUCAACAAAUCCAGAUGAUCAAUCAACUAAUCAAGAGAAUGCCGUAAGUAGCAAGAAUAGUAUCAAUUCAUCAAUGCAAGAAAUUGAGGUUGAGGUUCCUCAGAGUACUCGGCCUCUAUCCUCUCAACGUACUAGUUAUCCACUGGAAAGCACUUCCAAAAUCAAUGAUGUUGCUGAAGCUUCUUGCACACAUGGUCAGAAGAAUUUUGUGAAUUUGACCAGUUCAAGGAUUUUAGAGAAGGCUGAGAAGACCAAUCCUUCUCAGAGUGUGCAAAUUGACAGAAGUAAGAAAAACCUGAGACCUGAUCAUUUGGUGAAUGAAGUACAGGGGAAGUAUCUUUUUGCUCGGACACGGUCAAGUCCUGAGCUCACUGAUGCAUAUUAUGACGCAUCUUCACGAGCAAGGCGUAAUAGACCUAAUGAAAUUGGGAGGAGCCAAAUUGCUUCUUCAAAGACGGAUAGCAAACUUAGAAAAAAUAUAGCAUCUGAAACCAUGUCAACGCAAAGCACCGUGUCCUCGUCAGAUGAACUUUUAUCUGGAAUGCACAGUUCCUCGCAUCAUAUCACAGAUGUUACUGCUGAUUCCAACAGUAUUUCAAAUAGUUAUGUUGAUGAUUCUGGAACUGGCAUUGUGAGCGAGGAUCACGCUUCUGUAGUGGGGACGCUAGGGAUGCAUCAAGAGGAGCAAGAUCUUGUUAAUCUGAUGGCGUCCACAUCUUUGCACAAUUAUGGUGGACAGGUCCCUAUGCCUCUGAAUUUGGCAUCAACUCAUCUACCUGUACCAAUAUCUCAAUCAGUGCUUGCCUCUAUGGGAUAUGGUCAAAGAAGCAUGGGAGGGAUGGUCCCUGCUAACAUGCCCCUGAUUGAUCCUCACUGGGCUGCAAAUUUGCAGUUUCAGCAAGGUUUGAUAUCAUCUCCGUUGACCCAAAUUUUUCCUGGAAUUGGGAUGUCUAGAAAUUCUGAGGAUCUAAUUGAACAAGGUGAUGAAAACUUUGGUUCUUUAGAAAUGGCACGACAAGUUGCUGAUAGUGAAUAUUGGCGUGAACGAGAUACGGCUUCAAGUGGAGUGUUUGGCCAAGAUGAUUUGAGUUUAGAGACGCGGGAGGCAGAUGACAGACAGCCUUCAACUUCCGGUAAUUCCAUCUUGGUUCCCUCGUCUCGCAUGGCUAGUUCAGGGAGUUCUGUAAAAGCACAGCCAAAACUUAAUAAGGAGUUUCGAGAGUCAAUGAGAGAUGAGUAUGUGGAAAAAUUUCAGGGCCAAGAUAACCGAGUAAAUGACUUUUACUCAGAUGAUAGGGUUUCUAGUGCUAGGUUUUCUUCUGCUUCUCAGGCUGGUUCAGUGAGAAGUAAGACAUCAUCUGAGAGUUCAUGGGAUGGAUCGUCUGCAAGAGUGUUGAAGGUGGCUAGGGAAAAGCGGGGGAAGAAAACAGUUGCUUCAGCUUCAGUACCUUCUAAUAUACAUGGAAAAGAUAAAAAUACCUUCGAACAUGAUGCUGCCGAGUUAGAUGAUAAAGCUAGAGAUUGGAACAAUGUGUCCACAACAGGGAAUGAAAUUGAUGAAAGAAGUAUAACUUCUCAGCAUGCAUCGACUUUGCAUGUCCCAAGCCAUCACUUGCCGGGCUUUGAAGUUUCACAUACUAGUGGGUCUGAUUCAAUUAUAAAUAUUGCUCCCAUGCUUGUGGGUCCUGGCUCACAGCAAAUUCCUUUUACAUUCUACCCCACUGGACCACCAGUACCGUUCUUGACUAUGCUUCCUUAUUAUGGUUAUCCUGCCGAGGCUGGAAGGUCUGAUCCAUCAAGUAAUCCUCUACGUGGGGAGGAGGGUCUUGACCGCAGUGAUUCUGGGCAAAAGAUCGGUUUUUCUGAAGGGCAUGAUGCUUCUGAUGUUUUGGAUACCUAUAAUAAUUCCAUGAGAAGAGCAACUGCAGUGGAGUCUUUGGAAGAGCGAAAGCCUAAUAUCCUUGACGGUGACUUCGCGAGCUACUGGCAAAAUCUGCAAUUUGGACGACUUUGCCAGGGCCCAAGGUUUCUUGGACCCGUCAUGGGUCACUCCUCUGCUGCUGUACCUCCGAUGUACUUACAAGGUCGCUUACCUUGGGAUGGUCCCGGAAGACCUGUUGCAGCAAAUGCGAACCUUUUGUCCCAGCUUAUGAAUUAUGGCCCUCGCCUGGUGCCAGUUGCUCCUCUUCAGUCUGUGUCGAGCAGACCCUCUACUGUCUACCAACGCUAUGCUGAUGAACUACCGAGAUAUCGUAGUGGAACAGGAACCUAUUUACCAAACCCUAAGGCCUCUGUUAGAGAUCGGCAUUCUUCUGGGACGAGAAGGAACAGUUACAACUAUGACAGAAAUGAUCAUGGUGACAGAGAAGGAAAUUGGAAUGCUGCGAAAGCGAGAGCUGCUGGGCGUGGUCACAAUCGUAGCCAGGCUGAGAAGUUAAGGAUUGACCGACAAGCAACCAAUGAGAGUCGAGCUGACAGGGCUUGGUCUACCUAUAGACAUGACCAAAUAUCUUCAUAUCAGACGCAAAAUGGCCCAUCACGACCCAGUUCCUCUCAGAGCAGCUUGGUAAAUGUGGCUUAUGGGAUGUACCCAAUGCCAGGCAUGAAUUCAGGUGGGGUAACGUCAAAUGGACCUGUUGUCAUGCUAUAUCCAUAUGAUCAUAAUUCUGGUUAUGUAUCACCCGGGGAGCAACUUGAGUUUGGCUCUCUUGGUCCUAUGAGUGUUGUUGGCACGAAUGAUGCAUCACAACCUGUUGAAGGAACUCGGUUGAGGAGAGCAUAUGAGGAUCAAAGAUUUCAUGGGAGCUCUGCACAACAGUCUUCACCAGACCAACAGUCGUCCCCUCGCUUCCAAAGAUCAGUGGCCCAAAGGAACUACCAGUUGAAAGAUGAAGACUUUCCUCCGUUGGUGUUCCAAAAUCAGGGACAAGGUGGUGGGAGGAUCUUUAAUGAAAAACACUCCUACCACCAGACUCUGAUGCUUGCACCACAAGCAUAGGAGGACGUGUGGGGUUGCGAUGGCUGGGUUGGUGAACGGAUCUGUCGGCUUGGUUCUGUACACUAGGAAUCAUUUUCCAAGCAACUCCCGCUCCAAGAGUCGAGGACUGGUGAACAAGGAAAAGAUCAUGAAAUGGAGGUUCACGAAUCAAUCAAUCCUUUAUCCCCCACCCCCCCAAAAGUAAAUGUGACAGGGGGUGAAAGGAGCAGCAGGCUGAGGCAUUUGGGAGUUCAAAAUUUUUAGGCUCUGACACACUGUAACUUAGUCAAAGUAGCUUGUAGAAACUACAAAUAGGGCUUUUCUUUUGCCCUGAUGAGCAUCAGUUUUUCAUUCUUACCCACUGUAUUAGUAGGGGGUUCUUGACAAAGCUCAUGUGAUAGCUGUUUUCCAGUAGUUCAGAUUUGCUAUGAACAGUGUAGCAAACUCACCCUCAUAUUUAAAGGAGUAGACAGAAGUUGUUGAUACUGUUCCUGUUCA